GCUUUUUGAACCUCGACGCGGCUCGUUUUUCAGUCUUUAUGUGGCACCAUCCGCAAGUAAGACGCGUUCACUGAGGUAUAAAGAACGGGGCGGCGUUCCCUAGUAGUGUUAGCUCCUCAAGUCAGUGGCUUGCGAGAGCUCGCUCUACUAGUACGCUUUUGCGUCUUUUUCACAUAAAUAGUUGCGAAAAACAACAACAGUUAUGUUUACUCUCUCGGAGUUUAUGGUCAUUUUAGCUAUGUUUUCCGUCACAGUGUCAGGUUACUUUGUAAGCAUAGACGCUCAUGCAGAAGAAUGUUUAUUUGAACGAGUCAACUCUGGUACCAAGAUGGGCCUCAUGUUUGAGGUGGCCGAAGGAGGUUUCCUUGACAUCGAUGUGGAGGUAAGCCUAUUGAGUUGUGAAAGUUGGCCAACAUCUUUCUAAAUCUGAUUGCGGGAAAUCAGUCCCUGCGCACUUUGCCCUGCAGCAGCUAAGUUAGCUAGGUUUGAAAAAUGUGGGCCUUGCUAAAUAUGAGCAUUUGAGUUAGCUAGCUAGUUAGCAAAGCUAACUAUCAAGCCAGCCAUUAAACUCGUCCAACUAGUUUGCUAGCUAGCAAUAUGAGUUAGUGAGUGUGGCUAAAAAUAAUGCUAGCAGUUAGUCUUGUCUUGGCAGAUAAUGAACUUUGCGAAGUCUACAUCUUGCGGGACAGAAGACUGACAAUUUAUUGUUAGCUGACUGGCUAACUUGCUACAUAAGCUAACUUGGGUGGGUAAAUAGAUAGCUAUUUAACUUAGCUAGCUAUGUCAGAGAUAUUAGAAAAGUAUCUCUGGAUAUUAUAGUGGCUAAGUAUCUUUGGUAGCUAACUUUUUGCGAGUUGGCCAACUAACGUAAACCUGCCUAGCUAGCAGCAUCACCUCGCAAACGUCACUGAAAUUGUGCCAUAUAUUACUAGCUAGUAGUAGGCAAGCUUUCAACGUAGCUACUAUCCUGUUUCAUAGUUAUUAUCAUUUAAAUAAAUAACAUCAUGAGCAAAAGCAUGACUUCAUGUUAGGGCUAUUGAUAAUUCAUAUAUUUGUGUUGAUGGUGGUUUUGGGCAGCGUGCUGUCUAAGAGCCAAUUUAUGCUUGAUCCGAAAAUGUGGUCGAAUGCUCAGUAUGGAGGGUGUGACGGGGCAUGCAGAGGCCUAAUUGAGCUCCGUGCCAUGCGCGUCCCAAAUUGUGUAACAAUGCGGAGGGCUCCAUUUGGCUGUGCAUUGACAUGAUUGGUGGGGUCCUAUAUAAACACAAACUCACUUCUUUGACAACUUCCUUCACAACAGCUCUGCGCUGCUCCACGAAGCGCAAGAAGUAUGAAUGCCCCGACUUCUGCAGAGGCCAUAUCGCCAUAAACGCUGCAUGGCCAAUGCAGAUGUUGGAUUGACAAUGUAGCACCUUUAACUCUGGUGGUGUCCAGUCAAAACAUAACUAAGUUACCUGUAUUCCUAACGGUAAUGGGAUAGUUCACCCAAAUUAUAUAUUGGUUUCCUUGCCCUGUAAGCAGUCAAGGUAUGACGGCAAUCCAUACUUUGGUUUAGUUUCCCUGGCACUGUUUACAAAUGCUAUUCAAAUGCUAUCACCCCAUUGAAGUAUAUGGUGCCAGUAUUAGCAUUUUGGGUGCAUGAUGUUCAUGUUCAAAUCAUCUAUAAGUGGUUUUGUUGAGCUUCACAAUCAAUUUGAGAUACUUUCGGAUGUUUGGACACGAUGCACGAAAAAUGCUAAUAUCGGUACCAUGACUUGAAUGGGAUUUGUGCUAAAAUGUUAGCAUUUGGAAAUAAAACCAAGGCAUGGAUUGUUCAAAUACCUUGUCCAUAGACUGCUUACAAGGUUAAGGCACCCAAUGUGUAAUUUGGGUGAACUAUCCCUUUAACAGGAGAUUAUCAAUUACUAAGCAGGCACUUUUCAUUUGCAGAUCACGGGUCCAGAUGGGAAGCAGAUUUAUAAAGGAGACAGAGAAUCCAGUGGAAAGUACUCUGUGGCUGCCCAUAUGGAUGGCACAUACAAGUUCUGCUUCAGCAAUAAGAUGUCCACCAUGACGCCCAAGAUCGUCAUGUUUACCAUUGACAUCGGAGAGGCCCCCAAGGGAGACGGCAUGGAGACGGAAGGUAGGCUGGGGUUAAGGUUGACGAGGCAGCAAUGGGUACACUGACUGAUGUUCGGAAUAUAAUAUCACCAUCAGAUGUUUUUACGUUCUGGGGAACACUGUGUGCUGCUUUCAUUUUCUCCUGCUGUUUUCCUUCAUAUUCCUUCUGUUCCAUCAUUCCUCCUUUUCUCAUUCUGCCUGCCCCUCUCCUCCCCUCCAUCAGGUGGUGGAGACACUUGGGACGGUAGGUUAACACUAUUGCGUGAGGUCAGAGAGGGUUGUUCUUCAAUGCUCUUGGCGCGAAUGGCCUCAUUUUCUGUAGUGUUGCUUAACCUAGAUACUGAAUUGCUUAAUAAACACAGUGAAUGUAAAUAGUGCAGUUUCCAUAGUUUGAUUAAUUGCCUGGGUUGUGCUGUUUUGUGUGUUUUGCUUUAUGGACACUCAAUGUUGCCUAGCAAUGACUUGAGACUGGUGAAUGGAUUUAGGAAAUGUAUGCCCCCCUCAGCCUCUGCCUUAUGGGCAGUAAGUGAACAAAUUGGGUCAACACAUUUUUUUUCCUUCUCAAUCUUUCAAAAUUAUUGGUUGGUCAGUUUCAAUAACAAAUCUGGUAUCCAAUCCAUGUACACGUGUGUCCAGUCAAUGCAGCAGUUUGCACAGCACUAUUAACUCAAACUGUGCUCUUUUCUGUUACUGUAGUUAUUUUAUGUAAAAGACACUAGUAAAAAAGACAGACUUAAAUUAUUUAAAUGUACCUGAAAGUAUUUGUAAGGUUCAUGUUAAGAUUAGUUAAAAGGACAAUUUUGCACAAUGGGUAUACCCAAGAUAUUGGCAGAGACAUGAUGUCACAGUUUACUGACAGUUACUGAUGGUGUUUAUUGUGUGAUGUAUAAACAUUUCCUUUGUAUUGCUUGAAAGUCCUUACAUCCCUUUAUACAGCAUCUACAAUAAACCUUGGAUUUGAGUUUUACCUGAUUUACUUGUUUGUGCCUGUGCUUCUUGGUUUCUUUGAAUGUGCAAUAUUUGGUGUACUGUUAUUGUUCACAGCCCACCAGAACAAGCUGGAGGAGAUGAUUAAUGAGCUAGCAGUUGCCAUGACAGCAGUAAAACACGAACAGGAAUACAUGGAGGUCCGAGAGAGAAUACACAGAGCAAGUAAGACCACUUCUGUGCUACUUCUUCAACAACAUAGCAAAAAUGUGCUAUUUCCAUAGAAAAUGAAUAACGUAUGAACAAAACCAAACAGCAUUUGUGAAGAACACCCAAUUUUGACAGCUUAGUGAAUGCGUUGUUCAGUGGCAGUAGUGGUUUGAUGUAUUGUCCUGUGUUCCCCCCCCCCUCCUCCCCUCUUUCUAGUUAAUGACAACACAAACAGCCGAGUGGUGCUUUGGUCCUUCUUUGAAGCUCUUGUGUUGGUAGCCAUGACCCUGGGACAGAUCUACUACCUGAAGAGAUUUUUCGAAGUGCGGAGAGUUGUGUAAAACAAGGCUCUUUUUUUUUUUUUUUUUUUUUUUUUUUUUUUUUUAACUCAAGUGAUUCAUCAUUCACUUGAACCAUUAGCCGCACCAUACUUCAAAAUAGGAAAUCAAACAACCUCUAAAGCUUUUUCCUUGUCCAAUCUCAUGUCUCUGUUUUCCUCUUCACGUACUUCAGGCCAUGGUACAAUGUAUGUUUUUCCUCUCGAGGAGAACUGUCUUUGCAUUGACUCCUCAGACUUUGAUAUCAAUAGCACUGAAGAGGGUAUUAUACAAUUUUGAUCAAGAAGAGUUUGAGUAUUUAUGCAUUCAAACCCACUGCCCUAAAACUCCAGAUGCCAGGAGGAGCUUUUGUCCUCAUCUUAGAGAAGGAGUAAGUUGUGGACACAUU